GACCACACACAGCCCAAACCCCGAUCGCCUUCUGACACACUGGGGACAUGCCGACGCCCGCACACUUCCUGCUGCUGCUGCUGCUGCUGCUGCGCCCCGGAGCCGCCAGGCCAGGCCUGACCCACAAGUUCUACAAAGCCAAGUCCUUCCUCGGCGGCCUCAACACAGCCCUGUCGGAGGCCAAGCCGGGCCCGCCGGACGCCGCGCCGCUGCCGAGCAAGAGGAGCUUCCCGUCCCCGCCCGGCCAGGGCCCGGCCUCGGGGGGGGACGCGGCGCAGGUGUGGGGGGAAGACAGGAAGAAGGGGCCCUUCCCCAGCUCGGGGGGCGGCCGCUACAAAUACCUGUCCCAAGCGCAGCUCAGGGCAAGGCCGGCCCAGGACAAGGCCAGGAGCGACCGGCGCACCAAGUUCACUCUGUCCCUCGACGUCCCCACUAACAUCAUGAACAUCCUCUUCAACAUCGCCAAGGCCAAGACCCUGCAGGCCAAGGCGGCCGCCAACGCGCACCUGAUGGCUCAGGUCGGCCGCAAGUAG